CACAAUAUAUAUUAGCAGGUCACUGUCCCCCUUCACCUUCCUUCUUUUUUUCACUUUUUUUUUCUUCUUCCCUUCUCGAGAUGAGUAACUAUAACUCUGGAUACAAUGCCAGUCGAGAUAGACUAGCUGAUCUUCGUGGUAGUUUAGACAGCGCAGAUGCAUUUGGACCUACUAGAACAACUGGCACCUCAAACAGAUAUCAACAACAGCAACAAACAGUAGUUGAAGAUAGUUAUGAAUUGAGAGAAAGAGGACAACAAGUAGCACCCACGGCACAGACCGAUAUCUCUACUAUGGAAGGGUUCUUGGCAGAGAUAGAUGAUAUUUCGAGUUCAAUCAAACAAGUUCAACAAAACAUUGACAUUAUCAGUGAGUUGCACGAUACAUCACUUGUCAGUAUCAAUGAACAACAAUGGAAGCAAAACUCAAGCCAAUUAUCUCAAUUCGUUCAAGGCACUUCAGAAAUGAACAGAAAUUUGCGAAACAGAAUCAAAGCGCUUGAGGCAUCUAAUGCAAGUCAUCCUAAAAAUUCUGAUUUAAACAUUAGAAAAGCACAAGUUGCUCGAGUUAAAAAGGAAUUCAUGAGUUGUUUGUCAAGAUACAAAGAUGUUGAAGCAAACUACAAUCAAAGGUACCGUCAACGUGUAGAAAGACAAAUUCGAAUUGUUAAGCAGGAUGUGACUGAAGAAGAAAUGGACGCUAUUAUUGAUUCCGAUCAGCAAAACCAAAUCUUUGCACAAAGUUUAUUGAGAAACAAUCGUUCUGGUCAAGCUAAAUCCGUUCUAUCUGAAGUACAAACAAGACAUGAAGAUAUCAAGCGUAUUCAAGCAACAAUUAUCGAACUUGCACAGUUAUUUGAGGACAUGCAAGUGAUGAUUGAAGACCAGGGUCAAACUUUGGACCAAGUUGAAAACCAUGUUCAAGAUACAACUCAUGAUUUAGAACAAGGCAACAAACAAAUCAGUCGCGCCAUUGUUCUUGCAAGGUCUACUCGUACUAAAAAAUGGUGCUGUUUCUUUAUUGUUAUCAUUCUUUGUGUAGUGAUUGCUAUUCUUGUUUGGUGGUUUGCUUUUGGUCACCCUGGUGUUGGUGGUAGUAACAGCAACAAUGCUUAAUUCUAUCUACAUUAUAUACGUACUCUUUAUCAUUAUUUUCUUUACUAAUAAUACUCGUUUAAUC